AUGAAAGACAAAGACGUACAUUUAUUUGAUGACUUUGUCACUGAAGACGUAAACUCUAAGGGGGUAAAAAAGGAAAACCAAUCACCUCUAGACACUCUGAUUCCAUUGACAAAAUUACAAAGUUCUAUUGAACCAAAAAAUAUUAAAGAAAAUUAUUAUGAAGAACUUGGAAAUGAUUGUUUGGUUGGAUUCAAAAUCAACAAUAGUGAUAAAGAAAGUGACGAUUCUGAUCCUGGAGAUAAAUGUGAAAUAACCUCAUGCAAUAUUAAGGAAGAAAAAAAGGACAGGGACUUUUCUGAAGAAGAUGAUAAAAAUUCCUCACAUAAUGAAGAUGAGGAAAAAGAUGAGUAUGAAGCCAUGUUUGAGACGAAAAUUGAGGUGGAAUAUCAUGGGGUUAAGUAUGAAGAUGAAGAUGAAUCAGGGACCGACAGUAAAGUUUUAAAUAAAGAUGACCAUGGCGAAAAAAAUAGUCCUUCCAAAGGCAGGGAAAUGAAAACAUUAGAAGGCGGCAAACCCGACGGCUUCAAAAUCAGUUGUUCACAUUGCUCGAAAACGUUUAAAUUAGAGUCUAACCUAAAAAAUCACGUUCGAAUUAAACAUGGCGAUUCCUUGGAUAGAUACAAAUACAAAUGUAAACAUUGCCCAAGAGUGUACUCAAGAAGAUUUACUUUAACACAGCAUGUUGAAAGUCAGCACGGGAAUCCCCUACAAAGAAUCAAAUACAAAUGUUUGCAUUGCACAAAAGUUUUCGCAACAAGAGUUUAUUUAAAACACCACGUUCAAAUCCAUCAUGACGGUCCCCUACAAAGAAAUAAAUACAAAUGUACACAUUGUCCAAAAUCGUACUUAUACAAAACUAAUUUAAAUCGCCAUUUUAUAUACUGUCACGGCGACUCAACACAAAGAAAAAAAAACACUUGUCCACAUUGCGAUAAAAUAUUUGCGGAUGUGAAUUCAAAAAACGUGCACAUCAGGUCAAAACACGAAGGCUUUAUGAUCGAUUGCCCGCAUUGCCCCAAAUCGUUCUCGUCAAAAUUUAAGUUAAAAGGGCACAUUGAAAAACAUUGCGAUCCGAAAGAGCACAAAUGUCCUAAAUGUGACAAUAAAUUCAAAGACAAAGACUCUUUAACCCAUCACAUUAAAUAUAAACACAAAGGUUAUAAACACAAGUGUCCACAUUGCCAGAAGGUGUAUAAUAUAAUAGGUAAUUUAAAUCAGCACGUUAAAAGCCAACAUGGCGAUCCCUUGCAAAGAAAAAAAUACAACUGUCCACAAUGCAACAAAACAUUUUCAACUAUUGUCACUCUAAAGGUCCACAUUAAAUCUGUACAUGAAGGAUUUAAAUUCUCUUGCCCACAUUGCUCAAAAAAGUACACAGUAAAGAGACUCUUGGAUCAUCAUCUUAAAAUCAUACAUGGCGUAAAACAAGAACACAAAUGUCCACAUUGUGACGAAAACUUCUUAAAAAAAAGCCAUUUAUGUUCGCACCUUAAAAUAAAACACAGCGGUUCUAAAUUCACUUGUCCUAAUUGCCCAAAAGAGUUCGCAAAAAGUUAUUAUUUAAAGAGCCACGUUCAAAAUCAACAUGGCGAUCCCCUGCAAAUAAAAAAAUACGAAUGUUCACAUUGCGAUAAAAGUUUUCUAACAAGAAGAAAUUUAGGCCAGCAUAUUAAAAUAAAACACAGCGAUUUUAAAUACGUUAAAUACGUUGAAAGUCUGCACGGCGAUCCCCGACAAAGAAUUAAAUACAAAUGUUUACAUUGCACAAAAGUUUUCGCGACAAGAGAUUAUAUAAAACUACACGUUCAAAUCCCUCAUGACGGUCCCCUACAAAGAAAUAAAUACAAAUGUACACAUUGUCCAAAGUCGUACUCAAGCAAAACUAAUUUAAAUCGCCACGUUAUAUACCAUCACAGCGACUCGACACAAAUAAAAAGCACGUGUCCACAUUGCGAUAAAAUAUUUGCGAAUGUGUGUUCAAGAAACGCGCACAUCAGGGCAAUACACGAAGGUUUUAAGGUCGAUUGUCCGCAUUGCCCCAAAUCGUUCUCGACAAAAUUUAGGUUGAACGAGCACCUUAAAAAACAUUGCAAUCUGAAAGAGCACAAAUGUCCUAAAUGUGACAAUAAAUUCAAAGACAAAGACUCUUUAACCCAACACAUUAAAGAUAAACACAAAGGUUUUAAACACAAGUGUCCACAUUGCCAGAAGGUGUAUAGUAAAAUAUUUCUAUUAAAUCAGCACGUUGAGAGUCAACAUGGCGAUCCCUUGCAAAGAAAAAAAUAUAACUGCUCACAAUGCAACAAAACAUAUUCAACUAUUCACACUCUAAAGAUCCACAUUAAAUUUAUACAUGAAGGAUUUAAAUUCUCUUGCCCACAUUGCCCAAAAAUGUACUCUGAAAAGAGACUCUUGGAUAAUCAUCUUAAAAUCAUACAUGACGUAAAACAAGGACACAAAUGUCCACAUUGUGACGAAAACUUCUUAAAAAAAAGCCAUUUAUGUUCGCACCUUAAAAUAAAACACAGCGAUUAUAAAUUCACUUGUCCUAAUUGCCCAAAAGAGUUCGCAAAAAGUUGUUAUUUAAAAAGACACGUUCAAAACAAACAUGGCGAUCCCUCGCAAAGA